AUGGCCGCCCCGACAGAGGCGCAGCUCGCACACCAGCAGCUCAUCGAGCAGCUCGACAUCCACUCCAUCCACAAGCACUUCCGCAACCCCAACUGGCGGCCCAACCAGCGCCGCAACAAGAACCUCAAGGCCAUCGUCGGCGACGCCUCCAGGAGGGAGGCCUCGGCGCUCGCCACCCCGCAGGACGUCUCGGGCAACGCCACGCCCGCCGCCGACGACGGCCUCUCCACGAGCGGCACCUCGACGCCCGCGCUCAGCUCCAACGACAACGCCAACGGCAGCAACCCGCCCAACCUGGCGCAGGCCUCGCGCAGCCUCUCCAAGCUGGUGCUGGAGAAGAGCCUCAAGACGGGCGGCGCCGGUCCCGGCGGGCUGGCCGUGUCCGCCCCGAGCGCGACCUACACCAACAUCGAGUCGGCGCCGUCGCUGGCGCACUCGAAGCACUACUGCGACGUCACGGGCCUGCCGGCACCCUACCUCGACCCGAAGACGCGGAUGCGGUACCACAACAAGGAGGUGUUUGGGCUGAUCCGGUCGCUGCCGCAGACGUCUGCCGAGAUGUUCCUCGAGGCACGCAGCGCGCACACGGUCCUGAAAUGA